GUCAUAGCAACAUGUGAAAAAAGCGGCACUCACUGCUCGUGUUUUGCAUCUCGUCCCGCCAUUGUUUCGCUGUUUUGCUUUUUUGCUUUACUCAGAAACCGCCCAAUACCGGCCUUUAGAGUUGAAUUGCCGUCACUGUCUGCCAAAAAUGUCUUCAUUCACUGAUUACAUAGACUUUUCCCAGCCUAGUCUGCGAAUCUCUGCAUUGGCGAUUGCAUUCAAUCCUAUCUUCUGGAACAUUGUGGCGCGUCAGGAGUAUAAAUCUCAUUUUUUGACCCGCAUAUUUGGGAGCCCAUACUAUGGCUGCUACUUCCUAGCUGUCGUGAUCUUCUCACUGGGCAUUUUCCGGGACCAUCUGUAUUACAAUGCGUUGCAAGACCAACCUUACUACGAGCCCGUCCACCAACCAUACAUUGCAUACGGUCUCUUUGUUGUGGGCAACACACUUGUGAUUUCCAGCAUGUGGGCUCUCGGCGUCACUGGAACGUAUCUUGGCGACUACUUCGGCAUUCUGAUGGACGCCCCUGUCACCGGAUUCCCUUUCAACGUGUCCGGCUCUCCCAUGUACUGGGGUAGCACGAUGAGCUUCCUUGCUACUUCCUUAUACUACGGAAAAGCUGCCGGGCUACUCUUGACCCUGGAAGUUUUCGUCCUCUACUGGUUCGCCUUGAAGUGGGAGGACCCAUUCACCGCCGAGAUUUAUGCGAAGCGCGAGCGCGAGAGAGCCAAGAGCGCAAAGCGCUCCUAAAUACGCCACUGUAAGCUCUUGCGCAUUAGUCACUAGUGAUGACUUCUAAGCUCGCACACUCGAGACUACAUUCCAUACAAAAAAAAGUCGACAUGUUGUGAAGUUCGAUUCUAGCUUCAAAAAGAUUACUCUCGAUCUUUUAAAAAUACCCAGUGGGGUGAUUAAUCAAGUAUACAAUAUUCUCAUUGUGGACUAAGCCAUGAUUGUUGAAUGGGAAUAUAAAAACGGGGGCAGGAUCCUGUCUAUUAAGAUCCUGGAGGUUGGUUUGGUUCUAUAGAGAAAAAUUAAAAAAAGCAUACACUCUAUAUAUAUAGAAUAUAAUUGAUUUUGCGAUAUCUACACAAAA